AUGCCUCACAGCUCAGCUGCAAACUCUUACCUUCAAUUCAUCGGCCCAGAAGAUUCUCUGUUAGCUUUGAAUCCGGAAUCUCCAGCGAAUAAUCCGAAUUCAAAUUUCGAUAUUUCUUUUCUCAAUCAGUCGACUUCAUCCAAGUCUACUGCAAGUAGGAUGGCGCCGGCUCCAUAUGGGCAAGGGGCACCUGUCUUAGGCCUCAAGGACUUUCUCAAGACUCAAAGUGAGGAUUCGAUGGGAAUUAUCUCAAAGAUCAAUUAUGUCCCAUGCCAAGAAGGCUUUGAAAAAAGAGAGGCAUACCUAAAAACUAUUCUGCCAAACGAUCAGAGUCUCCCAAAUGGCUUCCCAUCAGUUGUUAAAGGUCCCUUGAGUUGGACCGCGUCAGAAGUCACUGAAGAAGAUUGGCUAGUUAGUCUGAACGCCGAAGAUGUUGAGUCGGUAGAGGCCGCCAUGAAGUCCUAUCUUGGCAAGUAUGAUAGCGUGAAUCAUGUCUCUGCUGAGACAUUCCCAAUUAGCAAUUCCUUAAAGGCCAAGAUGAAACAAACCGUCUCCAAUCUUUAUGACAGACGUGGAUUUGCUGUUAUACGUGGCCUGGACUCUUCUAGAUAUACACCUAUGGAACGAGCCAUCAUAUUCAUGGGACUUAGCAGCUAUGUCGGUGGAAAACUUGGUAUGCAGACAUUAAGCCGUACUGGUCUAGCUCAUUUGACCAAUCUUCGGCCCUUGUAUGCCGAGGGGUUGAUUAAAUCGCCCGGCUAUACGAAUGUCCACAUGUCAUUUCACAACGAUACUGCCCAUAUCAUCGCACUUUUCGUCGCUGGAGUCGCCGGUAACGGUGGUGGUAGCAUGAUUGCUAGCUCUGCAAAAGUAUAUAACGAACUAGCUGCAACAAAGCCGCAUGCUAUUAGAACUCUAGCUGAAGAUUGGAAGUUAAAUAGUUUCUCUUCUCAUGACUUCGACUCCGAAGCAUACUACAGACGCCCUCUUCUUUGGUAUGAAGAUGGCAGGCCGAUCCUUUUCGUUGCCCGUCGCCCAUUUACUGGUUCGAAUAAUGGCGAUACUCCCAGCCCUCUCACCCUUCUACAAGCAGAGGCCCUAGACAGUGUCCACUUUACAGCCGAACGUCACUCCAUUCGGAUUCAACUACAGAAAGGAGAUAUUCAAUUCAUGAACAACCUCGCCGUGGUUCACUCCCGCGAGGAAUUCCGAGAUGCUUCAAUCGGGGAGGGCUCUAGCAGACGGCACUUGAUCCGCGCUUUUAUAAAAAACGAAGAAAGAGCUUAUCGGCUCCCCCGACAUCUUGACGGGGCCUUUAACGAGAUAUACCCGAAUGAUAUCGCUUCCUCAGACUACAAUUUCCGCAUUGACCCAUUCAACUUCGCAGCCUUGUCUCAAGGCCCACCUGCUACAAGCCCAUCCGGAACGAACGGCUAA